AUGUGUGACUAAUCUAAGAUUUGGCUUGAAUUAAUAUCUUAAGCCUCAAAAUCUAAACAAACUGGAGUAUCUUGCAAUGAUAACUUAUUGAAAAGUCUCUACUUAGGCUAUGCAAAAAUGUAUGAUAACUUCGCACCACUAGUAAAUUUACUAAUACUAUUCAAAAAUGUUAAACAGGUCACUAACUUUAUGACAAUAUUUGAUAAUCAAAAAGCGUUCUUAGAUGAAAAAGUAAUGAAGGAUAAAUUUAAGAUGCCACUACUAGAGAAGUUCAUACUUAGGAAAAUUCUUAAAUAUGGAGUAUUAGAUUUUAAUAAGGAAGAGGAUUCAUAAACUCACAAGAUAUUCAUUUUUCAAUAUUCCAGAUAUAUCCUUACUAAAAAGGACUAGAAAAAUCUUCAAACUCUAAAAAAUUUAAAGUUUUUACUUAGUGAUUAACAGGAUUAUGUUAAUAAGUAUGCUCUUACCAAAUUCUAUAUUGCAAGCCUAAACGAUAUGAAUAAAACAAACUAGCAACAUAAAGAAGUGAUUUGCUAACUUAAUGAAAUAAUCACAAAUUAUCACGAUCUUCUUCCUCAUCGUUAAACUUAUUACCAUUUUAGAGAUUUAAUAGAAGAAAUUAACAUAAGAUCAUACCUUUUGGAUUUAGAUUAAUUGAUAGCUUUCGAAAACUGGGCUUUGCUUAACUUGCAUAAGAAUUGGCCUAUAUUUGAUCUUUAAUUUGAGCACUUCAAGCUUUAGCAGAAUUACUAUGGAAAGUACAAUAUUAAAUAGUAGUAGAAAACUCAAGUAAAUAAAAAAAUCAGGAAGAGUUAGUUGAAUCAAACUAUUUAGAACAUUAAAGAUUAGAAUUUAUUACAAGUCGAAGCCAGAAGGGUAAAGGAAAAGUAGUUUGGAUCCUAUUAAAAUAACUUUGAAGAAACACAUUAGGCGUUAGAAAAAAUAUAAUAGAAUAAGAAUAGAAGCUAGUAUUCGAGUACAAAGAAAUAGCUCAUAUCAAUGAAAGCUGACAUAAAUAAACGAAUGAAAACUUGCUUUGAUAUUGUAAACUACAAAGUAAUAGGAACCAAUUAACUGUUAUUCUUUGGUGAUUUUAAGGACAAAGAAAUAUAAGAUAUAAUAGUCAGAUUUGCUAAUAGAAUUCAUAUUGACAUAUAAGGAGCUUUGAAUAAUGGAAUUGACCUUACAGAUAAUCUUUAAUAUGCUAUAGAAAGAUUACUAAUAUCUAUUAUCAAAGGAUUCAAGUUCUAAAAGGAAGAAUUGGAUCAAUCUAAGUCUCUAUAAGAAGGUUCUCUCAAUUUGCAUCUUGAUUGGACAAAUUUGUUCAACUCAUCAAUAGACUGUAUUACUGACUAAAAACGUCAUCUCUUAUUGAUAAAGUUUAUUGAAACUCAUUUUGAGGGCAGUGAUUUACUCAUGCAUAUGAAAUUAGUAAAAAUAGUCCAUCAAAAUCUUAAUCUGCUAGAGAUGGAAAUUAAAGUUUAAAAUCUAAAAAACUUUGAGACAGAGCAAAUAUUCUUACUUGUAGAUCCCAAUAGUGGAAACUUUCCAUUUGAAAUGCUAGAUAUUUUUAGAAAUGAAAAAUAUGACUUUUAGCUCAAUUAGUAUAAUCGUUAAAUUCAGAUAGCUUCAAGAAUACCAACACUUGACUGGCUAUAUAAACGAAAUUUACUAAGUAACAAUAUUUAAAAACCAUUUAAGACUUUCAUAAUGCUUUAAGAAGAUGAUUCUGUGAGUUAGAUGAAGUAAUCCUAUGAUAAAUUUUUUGAGUAGAAUCAUGCAAAAUUAGCUUAAUUCAAUGUUUUAAGAGCCAACGAUAAAUUAGAAGAUUCCUUAUUGAUUAAUCAUCUCAAAAAAGACUAAGUAUAUAUGUAAUUUUCAACUCUAACAGGAUAACUUUUGAUAUAGAUAUGCUGGCCAUAAUUCAGGCAUUGA